UAGAUAUGUAAUUUAUUUAUGAGGAAAUUUUUUAAAUCUUAGAGCGGAAAAAAAUCAUGAAUUAAGAAGGCGGGUGACUGUGUUCUGUGUGUGAAUAAGAGAAAGAAUAGGUAUGAGUGUGUUUAUAUGUAAGUGCACUUUCGAGGUAUGUUUGUUAGGUGCGAGUGAAAGAUAAAAGCAGUAAUUUUGUGCGUUUGUUUGUUUGCGCACCUUUGCGACUAUAUGAGUGUGUUUAAGGGGAGUAAGCGAAUGAAAGGGAAAGAGAAAGUGUGUUUGUGCGAAGUACUCCGCUAUGCAUUUACACGAGGAAAUAUGCGAAAGUCAACCUACAGGUGUGUGAAUGUAAAUAUGUGGUAUAUGAGUAUUCAGUGAUGUUUAUUGACAAGCGAAGAACUACAGUUGUUAAAUUUUAUUUGCUUAACUUCAUUGUUGAAAGAACAUGACAAAUUUGGCAUUUGCGCGGACCUUCGACCAUAAAUGUCUUAGCUGCUUAUACAUUACAAUUUUGUGGUCGAAAUAAAUUAAUUGAAUUAACAACAUAUUCAUUAUAUCUAAUUUUCUUUAUUUUCUGUCUUGUUUUCGCCCGUAACUCUUCCUCUCUGUUGCGUUUCAGUAUACCACAAUUAUAUUUUUUACUUUUUAUAUUGACGGCUUAAAUGAAUUAGGAAAAUUUUUACAUUAAAGAAGAUACUUUAUCAAACACGAUAAUAUUUAAUUUAAUCUUUAUCAGUCAGUCAUUUUUAAUGGUAAAUUUCUUUGAAGUAUCAUAUUACAUGUAAUUAGGAAAUAAUAAUUAUCUGCUUUGAAAUUGUGCAGUCGAUUCAUUUAUUUACGUGGUCUUUUUUAUCCUAUCAAAUCUUAAGAACAUGAGUGAGCCCGUAUAUAUCACUUAGCAUGUGUUUUUAUUUUUAUGAUAUUCAGUGCGGGGGUGCUGUAUCUUCUGCCUUCGGCUCGUUUGUCUUUCUUUCCAUCCAUCUAUCUCUCUAUCAUUUUAAGUCAAGUCAGUGUUUUGACAUCUUAGAAUGUCACUGUCCAUUGCUCCUUCAGCUGUAUCUGCAGCGACUGCAACAACAGUGAACACCUCCUCUAAUACCAGUGGUACCUUCUUUCAUUGCUCAGCCGACCGUAGUAGUAAGACUUCUGCUACGAGUGGUUCCAAUCCUGUCGGAGAUUCUUCAGGUGCCGAAAGUCGCAUGAACUUAGCAGCAUUGCUGCAACGGGAUCCUUACAUUACGGACAUAGUGGACACUGCGAAACAAGUGGCUCUCUACCUGUUUAAUCCCAAGAAUAGUGAGUGGGAACGAACAUCUAUUGAAGGAACACUGUUUGUGUACAGGCGAUCAGCCUCACCAUACAAUGGUUUUAUGAUACUCAAUCGCCUUGAACCAAAUAAUCUUAUUGAACCAAUCACCAAGGAUUUAGAGUUUCAGCUUCAUGAUCCAUUUUUGCUUUACCGGACUGUUAAUGCAAUAUACGGAAUUUGGUUCUAUGACAAAGAUGAUUGUGCUCGUGUGGGACAGCUGAUAAACAGCCUUGUGCAGGUAACCAUUGCCAAUCACCAAACAAAAAGCCAAUGUUUUAUUCGAUCAAGGAGAGCAUCAGAGAGUGACACAAUGGAAGAAUGUUUGGCAGGUAUUAAGAAUGAUAAUGUACUUAAUACUACUAAUACUACUACAGUGUUUUCUGGACCAGUAGAUAUCAUCCAACUCUUAUGUAAGGCUCAAUACAAAUAUAACCAGGUCAGUUUUAUUAAUUACUGCCACAACUACUAUCAUUACUUUCAGUACUAUUAUUGUCGCUUUUCUUUUUACUAUUAUUGCCAUUGAUGAUACUGUAAAUUCUCACAACUGAAAAUGUUUGCUAAUG